AUUAAUCCUCUUCAGUCAGUCCUCUCACUCUAUAUAAACCCUCCAACAAUCGACUACACUUUCAUUUUCUCUCUCUACAGCAAAAUCACAACACACACUGACAGUGCCUUCCGCCACUCUCUCUUUCUCUCUCUUCCAAUACAUACAAUAUUUACAUAUAUAUAUAUAUUCAUGUGUAGCGGUGAUUGUUGUAUGUAUGUACAGAUAUAGACACACACCAGAAACAAUUAUGGUGUAAACAAUCUCUCCGGAGUUUGGGGGGGUUUUGAUUGACUUAUAGGCACUACUGGGUAACUUUUUGUGCUUGUUGAGAUUGUUGUGUGAUUGAUUACAUGGGGAGUUAUCAGAAUUGCAUUAAUGGAGAGGCGGAGCCGCAGAGGCUGACGUCAUCUGCUUCGUUCAAGGCUAAGAAGAAGCCCACCCCGGCCAUAUCCCGGGCCGGCUCGGAGGUGGAUGACAUCAUCACGCUGUUGCAUGGCUCUGAUCCGGUGCGCGUCGAGCUCACUCGCCUCGAGAACGAAGUCCGAGAGAAGGAUAGAGAACUCGGAGAGGCUCAUGCAGAAAUCAAAGCUUUGAAGUUUUCGGAACGCCUUAAAGAGAAGGCAGUUGAAGAGCUUACUGAUGAGCUCAUGAAAGUAGAUGAGAAGUUGAAAGCGACAGAAUCUCAACUUCAAAGCAAGAAUCUAGAAAUUAAGAAAAUCAAUGAGGAGAAAAAAGCAGCUCUGGCUGCACAAUUUGCUGCAGAAGCCACACUUCGAAGAGUCCAUGCUGCACAGAAAGAUGAUGAGAUGCCUCCCAUUGAGGCAAUCAUCACACCUCUGGAGGCCGAGUUAAAGCUGGCAAGACUGGAGGUGGCAAAACUACAGGAUGACAACAGAGCACUUGACCGGCUUACUAAAUCUAAAGAGGCUGCUCUCUUGGAAGCAGAACGUGCAGUUCAGAUGGCUCUAGCAAAAGCGUCCUUGGUUGAUGAUUUGCAGAACAAGAACCAAGAGCUCAAUAAACAGAUUGAAAUAUGCCAGGAAGAGAAUAAAAUAAUGGAUAAAAUGCAUAGGCAAAAGGUUUUGGAGGUUGAAAAGCUAACACAAAGUGUUCGUGAACUUGAGGAGGCUGUUUUGGCUGGAGGUGCUGCAGCCAAUGCUGUUCGCGAUUACCAGCGCAAAGUGCAAGAAAUAAAUGAAGAAAAAAGAAUUCUAGAUCGUGAACUAGCUCGUGCUAAGGUAUCAGCAAAUCGUGUAGCUGUGGUAGUUGCAAAUGAUUGGAAGGAUGCCAAUGACAAAGUAAUGCCAGUAAAGCAGUGGCUUGAAGAAAGAAAGUUCUAUCAGGGAGAAAUGCAACAGCUGAAAGAUAAACUGGCAAUUGCAGAGCGUGCUGCUAAGGCAGAGGCACAGUUGAAGGAAAAAUACCUGUUACGCUUUAAAGUUUUGGAGGAAAGACUAAAAGCAUGUCCAAAUACCAUAACCCGUGUUUCAUCACAAGGAAGAAGUAUGGGCAAUGGGACUUCACGUAGACAGUCCCUUGGAGGCUCAGAAAACUUGUCUAGAUCUUCCUCAAAUGGGUUUCUAUCCAGAAAAAUAAACUUAUCUGUGUCAUCCCGGACCAUUAGUGCUAGUUCAUUGUUAAAGCAGGCAAAGAAUUUGUCAAGUUCAUUUGAUGGUGAUAAUACAUUAAUCAAUAGUGACAAGGUGGUUCCAGACACGAAUGAGAAAGAUAAUCGAGCCACCCACGACGAAGAGAACCCAAAUAAUGGAAUAAUUAAUCUCUGUGAGAAUGGGGACGGUCAUAUUUUACCUGCAAAGACAAAAAAUGAAAAUGAAGACUGUGUUUCCGGAAUGCUAUACGAUAUGCUGCAGAAAGAGGUUAUAACGCUGCGAAAAGCUUGCCAUGAGAAAGAUCAAACCCUGAAGGACAAAGAUGACGCAAUUGAGAUGUUGGCCAAAAAGGUUGAGACAUUGAACAAAGCAAUGGAAGUUGAGGCCAAGAAAAUGCGGAGAGAGGUAGCUGCCAUGGAAAAGGAAGUUGCUACUAUGCGCAAUGGUAAAGAUCACGAUCAAAGAAACCGGCGUCCUAGUGCUACCAGAGGAGCCGUCGUCGGGUCUCAUGCACAACCAAUAAGGAAUGGGAGGUACACUUAAAAGGGCAUACAAGGUAUGAAUAUCGUACCAUAACGAGGAUACCUGGUUCGGCACAGCAAAGAGUAGUUCUGCAAGCAUAGACCUGAACUUGUAAAGAAUUAUAGUUCUUACAAUUAGUGAUCGUCUUGUAUAUGUGGUAUCAUUUAUCAAGCCAAAAGGAUCUAUAACGUUGUUUGGAAUUUCUCUGAUUUUAGGAAGGUGAGAAGGUCGAAUUUCUGAUUAUGAGCUACUGUUGUAAGUGCAAAUUGUAAAUGGACUUAUAUUUUGAAGGUAUCUUGAAAUGUAAUGUCUGUUGGUCCUUGAUACA